UACGCGAGCCAGGCGACUUGCAGCAGCAGUUUCCAUCGAGGCGUGAAAAGGGAGCUGACGACAUUCGCGAUUGCAAAGGAGAGUUCACGACUGGGAUUCCCAUUCACACAGGCUUGACCCCGUAGCGCUUCCGGAGGUUGUCGCCACCAACAUCCUGGUCGGCAUUCCUCGGAUACCUAAUUCGAAGACUUUCUGGUGUUUUCUGAUCUUGGAUCGAGUGUCACAAUGGCAGACGUUGAGCUUGUCCGGACGCAGAGUUUCGAAGUGGGACCGCGAUACAGGGACCUUGUUUACAUUGGUGAAGGAGCCUACGGAAUGGUCGUGUCUGCUAGAGACACCACAACCAACGAGAAGGUUGCCAUCAAGAAGAUUUCCCCUUUCGAACAUCAGACUUAUUGCCAACGAACUCUGCGAGAGAUAAAGAUUCUCACACGAUUUCGGCAUGAAAACAUCAUCGAUAUCCGAGACAUAAUUCGAGCGCCCUCCAUUGAACAGAUGAAAGAUGUUUACAUCGUCCAGUGCUUGAUGGAAACGGAUUUGUACAAAUUGCUGAAAUCCCAGAGGUUGUCGAACGACCACGUCUGCUAUUUCCUCUAUCAGAUUCUGCGAGGUCUGAAGUACAUACAUUCGGCAAACGUCCUCCAUCGUGAUCUGAAGCCUAGCAACCUUCUGCUGAACACAACUUGUGACUUGAAAAUAUGUGAUUUCGGACUGGCCCGUGUCGCUGACCCCGAUCAUGACCACACGGGUUUUCUCACCGAAUACGUCGCUACCCGGUGGUAUAGAGCUCCCGAAAUUAUGCUUAACUCCAAAGGCUACACGAAAUCGAUAGACAUCUGGAGCGUGGGUUGCAUCCUGGCCGAGAUGCUAUCUAACCGCCCGAUUUUCCCCGGGAAACACUACUUGGAUCAAUUGAAUCACAUCCUCGGGAUACUCGGCUCUCCUUGCCAGGACGACCUGAACUGUAUCAUCAACGAGAAGGCUCGGUCUUACCUACAGAGUCUGCCGGCCAAGCCCAAGGUUUCUUGGGACAGGCUGUAUCCUGAGGCAGAUCCGAAAGCUCUAGACUUGCUCGACAAGAUGCUCACGUUCAAUCCUGCGAAACGUAUCACCGUUGCGGAUGCGCUCGCUCACCCAUAUCUCGAGCAAUACUACGACCCUGCCGAUGAGCCCGUUGCCGAGGAGCCGUUCAAGGUCGAGAUGGAACUCGACGACCUCCCCAAAGACAAACUGAAGCUCCUUGUUUUCAACGAAACAAACGCAUUUAGAGCGCGGAAUGAGGGCGCCCGCUAAUAUCUCGUUGUUGAUCUUGAAUCGGGAUACCGAGGACGGCAUCCCAGAGUCUGACUCGUUCUACGUUCGGGUAAUGGCGCUCUCCCCUCGUG